AUUGUUCUAUUUAUUUAUGUGUUUGUCAUUUGUCUAUCCGGUAGACAUUUUUCAGAAUUUAGAAACGGAUCUUGCAGAACAUCGAGACCGUCGCCAUGGUGAAUCCGGAUCACACGUUCCAUAUCGCAGAUUACUGCAUCUUCGCCGUUACUAUUGUAAUUUCGUUAGGUAUCGGCUUGUACUAUGCAUUAUCUGGCGGAAAACAACGAACAACUUCGGAGUACUUCGUUGGAAAUCGGCAAAUGGCUAUACUUCCGGUUGCUAUAUCCCUGAUGGUGUCGUUUGAAUCAUCUAUAAUGAUGCUUGGAACCCCAGCAGAGGUGUACGUGUACGGUUUACAAUGGCUGAUGGGAAAUCUGGGAUUCUUCAUUGCCAACAUCCUAUCUAUUGUGAUAGUGGUUCCCCUUGUCCACCCACUGAAGAUAACCAGCGCAUAUGAGUAUCUUGAACUGAGAUUUGACUCACAUGCUGUUCGAAUACUGGGCACAGUUCUUGGAAUGUUGAGUUAUACUGCGUAUAUGGGGAUCGUUUUAUUUGGACCAGCUAUAGCGCUUGAAGGAGUCACCGGAUUCCCACAGUGGGGUUCCAUAGUGUCGGUAGCCGCUGCCUCAGUCAUAUACACUUCUAUUGGUGGUUUAAAAGCCGUAAUCUGGACGGAUGUGUUUCAAUGUGCAGUGAUGUUUGCUGGUUUUUUUGCAGUUCUCAUAAAGGGUACAAUGCAAAUAGGUGGUAUAGGCAAGACAUGGGAAAUAGCGUAUGAGAAAGGACGAGUCAAUAUAUUUAACUUUGAUCCAGAUCCCACGAUAAGGCACACGUUCUGGAGCUUGUUUGUUGGAAGCAUAAUACGUGGCUUCGGACUCGUCUUUAACCAGUCUUCCAUACAGAGAAUCAGUUCCACACCAACUGUUGACGCAGCUAGAAAGGUGUUGAUGUUUGUUGCACCUGGAUUCUUUUUGUCCUUGACCUUGGCAGGUAUAGAAGGGGUCAUUGCAUAUGCGUACUAUGAUACUCUUGGAUGUGACCCUCUCAAGUCAAAACAAAUCACAAACCCAAAUCAGAUAGUUCCGUAUAUGGUCAUGGACAUAUUCAAAAACCUACAAGGAAUGCCAGGGCUUUUCAUGGCUUCCCUCUUCAGUGCAUCACUCAGUACAUUAUCCUCUGGAUUAAGUAGCCUUUCAGCUUUGUUCUGGACAGAUCUUGUGAAACCUCACGUAAAGCCCAUGUCGGAGUUCAAGGCUACAUUGCUUUCCAAGCUAUCUGUUGUCGUGUUUGGCGGGCUGGCGGUGUUUGUUGCAUUUAUGAUUGCCAUGAUAGGUGGUACAUUAAUUCAGAUUACCGGAAGUCUUUUAUCAGCAUUUGGUGGACCCUUAAGUGGAUUGUUUAUGUUUGGAGCAUUUUGUCCUUGGGGAAAUGCUAAGGGAGGAUUUUGGGGAACCGUCUUGUCAGCCAUUGUGACUUUUAUUCUUGCAAUCGGACAAAUGACAACGAAAGGCGCGGUAAAGAACACAAGGCUUCCACCUGGACCGGUCGACUCUUGCCCAGCGGUAGAAGUUAUUAAUUUUGUAGCCAAUAUGACAAUGGCUAACAACACGACAAUGUCUACACUUGCAAAUUUCACGUCAACAAUGUCGACUUUAGCAAGCUCAAUGGGUACUGUAGAGACUGUUGCACAAGGCACUGCAGAACCAACAGGAUUUAGACGGAUAUUUAUGGUGUCAUACCAGUGGUUUGGUGGAAUUGGUGUUAUGCAAGUAAUGAUAUACGGCACUAUCAUUUCAUUUUGCACAGGUUACAAAAAGCCUGGAGAGGUGAAAAGAAAGUACCUUAUACCAUUCUAUGAUAGUCUGUUCCCGUUUCUACCUGAAUGUAUUCGUAGGCCAUUGAGGUGUGGUUACCACUUCGAGAAAGAUGAGGACGACGAGGAAAAGACGGACACUGUGUACAACAAACUAAAUGGCAAAGAGCUGGAUGUAUUUCAUGUUGAUCUAGUAAUUGAGAAGCCAAAUGGAGUAGUCGACAAACAACCAAAAGCAGAACAUAAUCAUACCGACAAGAAUGGAGAUGCUGUUUUCGUAGAUAAUAAACAAAGCGAUGGCCGAAUCAGUAAUGAAGCACUAAAUCAAGAAGACGUUAUGGUGACUCAUUCUGUUGAUGACCUCUCUCCACGGAAAAUGCAAGUUAAAGAUAUGGAAAUGGAUAUACUAAGAGGAGGAACUAGCAAUGAAUAUAUUGUUAUGGACAAGUUGGAUGAUAGCAGAAUCCUGAAGAUGAGAGCUAAGAGCAUUGAGAUGGACAUACAACCAGAGUAUAGAAAUUUUGUCAGAAACGUUAAAAUGGUGAACCAAGGCAAAUAUUUCCACGUGGCUGACUACUGCAUAUUUGGAGCCACAGUGGUGAUAUCGCUUGCAAUUGGGAUCUACCACGCACUUUCUGGUGGCAAACAGAGGACAACUUCAGAAUUCUUCGUUGGAAACAGGAGAAUGGCCAUCAUACCGGUGGCGAUUUCGCUCCUAGUAUCAUUUGAGUCUUCAAUUCUUAUGCUCGGCCAGCCAGCGGAGGUCUACGUAUACGGUAUUCAGACGAUAAUGGCAGGAGUUGGAUUUUUCUUUGCCAAUAUCCUGUCUAUUAUAAUAAUAGUUCCUUUGAUGCAUCCAUUGAAAAUCACCAGUGCCUACGAGUAUUUGGAAUUACGGUUUAAAUCCCAUGCCGUCCGAAUCCUAGGAACUAUUCUGGCAAUGUUGGGUUAUACUGGUUAUAUGGGAAUUGUACUUUUUGGUCCAGCUACUGCAUUGGAAGCAGUGACUGGUUUACCUCAUUGGGUAUCUAUCACAUCCAUAGCUGUUGCUGCUAUUAUCUAUACUUCAAUUGGAGGUUUGAAAGCGGUUAUCUGGACAGACGUUUUUCAGUUUAUUGUAAUGUACGCAGGAUUUUUCGCCAUUUUAGCUCGGGGUACAAUACAAAUUGGUGGUAUUAGUAAAACAUGGGAAAUAGCACAAGAAAAGGGAAGACUCAACUUCUUUGAUUUUGAUCCCGACCCGACUCUUCGUCAAUCGUUCUGGAGCUUAGUUAUUGGAACUUUGAUUCGUGGAUUUGGUCUUGUAUUUAACCAAUCUUCUAUACAACGUAUUAGUUCCACACCCUCUGUAUCGGCUGCUAGAAAGGUGUUGUACUUGGUCGCUCCAGGUUUCUUAAUCACCGGAUUCUUAGCUAUAAUAGAAGGUAUCAUAGCGUAUGGUUACUAUGAUACACUGGGGUGCGAUCCACUUGCAUCAAAACAAAUUUCCAAUCCAAAUCAGAUCAUACCUUAUAUGGUGAUGGACAUAUUUGAAGGACUACCAGGUCUGCCAGGACUUUUUAUGGCGUCUUUAUUCAGUGCUUCUUUAAGUACCAUAUCUAGUGGACUCAGCAGCCUAUCAGCUCAGUUUUGGACCGACCUUGUAAAACCACACGUAAAACCCAUGUCAGAGUUUAAAGCAACGGUGAUAGCAAAGUUCGCAGUAGUUCUUUUUGGUGGCCUCAUUAUUGCUGUAGCCUUUAUGACUGCUACUGUUGGUGGCACUCUUAAUCAAAUUGCUGCGAGUCUGUUGUCCGCAUUUGGAGGUCCGCUGACAGGGAUGUUUGUGUUUGGAGCAUUCUGUCCAUGGGGAAACGCAAUGGGAGGUUUUUGGGGCACAAUUUUGUCAGCGAUUGUUACUUUCAUUAUGUCCUUCGGUCAAAUAACAACCAAAGGAUCCGUCCGAGACACUAGACUUCCACCAGCUCCUGUUGACCAAUGUUUUGCUACAGAGGCUUCUAACAAUUUCAACAUGACCACUAUAUCGACUGCAAUGUACUUGAUCAACUCUACAUCACAGACUGGCUCGACCGUUGCACAAAUUAUUGAAACUUCAGAAAUAACUGGGUUCAGGCGCAUGUUUACGGUAUCAUUUCAUUGGUUUGGAGUGAUUGGUAUUUUGCUUUCGGUGAUAUUUGGAAGUAUAAUAUCUUUUUGCACAGGUUACAAGAAACCGGGUGAAGUGAAAGCCAAAUAUCUAAUAUCAUUUUACGACAGUCUCUUUCCAUUCUUACCUGAAUGUAUCCGAAAACCUCUCAGGUGUGGAUACGACUUUAAAAGGGAUGAGGACGACAAAGAAAACAUACCUGAAGAGGAGAUCAUAGCUGACCUGUACAGAGUCGAAAAAGAAGUGUUGCCUGUAAACGAUACCAUGCAAAUGGUGUCACCUGACGACAACGGCCACCUUGUUGUCAACGGGAAAGCGUUGUUUGGAGACGACUACAUAGAUACUAACUUAUCGAGUGUACCUAUUGAGGACGAAACAUUGGUUACGAAGUCAGCUGAUGACCUUACUCUUCGUAAGAUGCCAAUAGCAGACAUAGAUAUAGAAAUUCUGAGAGGUGGUAGAAGUUCGGAAUUUAUUGUAAUGGAAACAAUGAAUGAUACACGCACCCUUAAACUCAAAACAAUUAGCUCAGAGUAUGUAGUAUUGCCAGAGGAACAUAGUUAAAGGUUUAUAUUUCUAUAUUUGUUUCUGUUAUGCCAUAAGAAUAGAGUUAUAAAUCUUAUUUUCUUUGUGUGCAAAUUACUAGUAUAUAUGUUGUGACCGUCUGUUAUCCUGAUUAAUAUUUUUGUAUGAAAUAAG